AUCGCAUUAUUCGCUCGGUGAGUCAUCCCUUCCCUCAUUUCUUCUUCACAUAUUAUUUCCGAUCAUCUCCCAUGGACGCCACCGCCAAGGCGAAGAAGGGAGCCGCCGGCAGGAAAGCCGGUGGUCCGAAGAAGAAGCCCGUCACUCGCUCCAUCCGCGCCGGCCUCCAGUUUCCCGUCGGUAGAAUUGGCCGGUACUUGAAGAAAGGCCGCUACGCUCAGCGCGUUGGUAGCGGCGCCGCGGUCUACAUGGCUGCCGUCCUCGAGUACUUGGCUGCUGAAGUUUUGGAGUUAGCUGGGAAUGCAGCUCGGGACAACAAGAAGAACAGAAUUAUUCCAAGGCACAUUUUGUUGGCGAUUAGGAACGACGAAGAGCUUGGGAAAUUGCUUGCUGGGGUCACCAUUGCCCACGGUGGCGUGUUGCCGAACAUCAACCCGGUUUUGUUGCCCAAGAAGACAGGAUCCGACAGGCCAACGAAGGAGCCGAAAUCUCCCAAGGCAGCCGGCAAGUCCCCAAAGAAAGCUGUGGCUACAUAGGGGAUUUUUAGGUGGUGGAAGCCAUUGUAGUCUUAGCAUUAGAACUUAUGUUCUUUGCUUGUUCAGAAAUGUUAUGAAGAGAUAACUGCUCGUUCAAUCUCUCUUACCUCUUUCAUCAUCAAUCAAUAUGUAAACUUGCUAUAUCCAUUUACUAUUUCUGUCAAUUUAUUCUCAAGAUAUGUCUUACAUUAUCUCAAGAAUGAGAAUCUUCACUUAUACGGAGUACUCAAUUCUAUAUUUUGUUCUCCAAAUAAACUAAUCUGGAGAAU